AUGAGUGAGCCACAGGAAGAAAUGCAAGUCAAUCCCUCCAGAGCUCAGGCUCUCAUCUCUCAGCUCAAUUCGGUGAAGGAGCGCCUCGCUUCUGUAGCAAAUGGUCGAAAUGUCCGACUUGUUGCUGUCUCAAAGCUAAAGCCUGCAAAUGAUAUUCUGGCCCUUCACCAAUCUCCUGCUUCUCAUACUCACUUUGGUGAGAACUACGCCCAAGAGCUAAUUCAGAAGGCGGCUUUGCUUCCGAAUACCGUCCAGUGGCACUUUAUCGGCGGUCUCCAAUCAGGCCAUUGUAAGACGCUGGGCAAGAUCCCAAACCUUUUCUGCGUCUCAAGCAUAGAUACCUCUAAAAAGGCCCAGCUCCUUAAUACCACUCGCACCACCUUUCUCUCCUCGCAGCCGGAUGCUCCUAAAAUCGGCGUUCACGUUCAGGUCAACACAUCCGGCGAGGAAUCCAAGUCCGGUUGCUCUCCCGGUGAUGAGACCGUUGCUCUGUGCCGUGAGAUCGUUGAGACGUGCCCCAACCUGCGUCUGCUCGGCCUCAUGACUAUUGGUGCCAUCGCCCGCAGCAAGGCCACCACCGCCGAGACUGAGAACGAGGACUUUAUCACGCUCAAGGAGCAGCGAGAUCUCGUGGCCAAGGAACUUGGUUUAGAUCAAGAGAGUUUAGAGUUGAGCAUGGGUAUGAGUGAGGAUUUCGAGGGUGCGGUGCGCUUGGAUAGUAGCGAGGUACGUGUGGGUAGCACUAUCUUUGGAGAGAGGCCCGCAAAGGCGGAUGCAAAGAUCAAGGAGUAG